AUGAGAACCAAGCAUUUCUCUGGAAACCGGCCGAGCCAUUAUCAAAUGUAUGAGGAACUAGACGACGACGACGCUGCCUAUCUUUUGAUGGACUUAUCAAAGGCUCAAGGUUCUUUUAACUUUGUCCGCCGAGAAUCAGAUGCUACUUCCUCUUCUGAUUCUUCCUGUGGCUUUGAUGCGGGAUUCUCCAUCAUUCUCUUUCUGUCAGCCAUUCGCUUUGUACUGACUACUCCAGUAUCAAGUCCUAAUGAGGAAGAAGCAGCUGCGGGCAACUCUUCUGUUGGAUCAUAUGAUCACCAAGGCGAAUGCGCACAAAGGAGAUUCCCUUGUUAUACAACUCAAGAAAUCGUCGAAAGGGUGAGACUAAGUCCCGGGGAUGCACGUGUGCUUGAACUGAGUUUGCGCCUGGAGGAUUUAGUCCGAGGAGUACUCCGAAUCUUCUCAUCAAAACUGGCACCGAAGGGCGUUCAUUCAUGGAAGCCACUUACAAUGUACGACAGGUGCAGUAAAACUUGGUCCUGGAUUGGUCCAAUCCCAUCUCCUGAUCAGGCGCCAAAAAGUACUGAUCAUCAUGAUCUUCUUACCAGUACUGUAUCUCCUGGUGCUUGGGGUUUAAAGGGUCAAGUAGUGAAGAAAUUAGUGAACUCAUUUUCUGCAUGGCUGAAAGAAUCACUGGACAUGCUUCAAGAAUUCAGCCGUCUUCCUCCACCGCCAUUACAGCUCAUGCAACCUGCCAGGGACUUGAAAAGGUUCAACAGGGCUAAAAGUCUGAAGAUAAGCGUGUCCACCCUCAACCCGAUCAGCAAGGAAGUGAGAGACUAUUUCCGAAAGGAAGAAGCAUUGAGGUACACAAUCCCUGAACGCCCUUUUGCUUACACAGCUCUUGAUGGCAGGAAAGCUUCAGUUGCGCCUUUUAGACGCCGGAGUGGUAAGCCAUCCAGGAAAGCCCGGGAUCAUUUCAUCCUCAAGUCUGAUCGGCCGCCUUGUUUCACUGUGCUUUCUCUCGUGAGGGAUGCCGUUGCUAGAUUGCCUGAUGGUGUGGGGACAAGAGCUGAUGUUUGUAUUCUGGUUCGAGAUUCAGGUUACAUCAUUGACGGCGUUUCUGAUGAUCAAGUUGAACAGGUUGUGAGCGGAGCCUUGGACCGUCUGCAUUAUGAACGUGAUGCAUGUGUGAAGUUUGAUCGGAACCAUCGGCUGUGGAUUUACUUGCAUGGGAGCAGGGAAGAAGAGGACUUUGAGGAUGAUGGCACUUCUUCAAAGAAGAUUAGAAAGAAGAUCAAGUACUCUAAACGACAGCAGAUCAUGAGUCAUACCUUCUCUAAACGUGCCGCACAAAAAUCCUUAUACCACUUCUCGCCAGCUUUCUACUUUGCUCAAGCAUCCAAGCAGUUCUCUGUUCUAUCUCAACAUUCUGUAAAGGCAAAUCCCAGAAAACCCAAUACGUUGGUCAAAAGCCAGAGGAUCCUUGAUAUCGUUGCUCCCAAGCUUAAUAACUCCGACCACCGCAAGGCUCAUCUUCGCCUCAUUGAUGACUUUCUACAAACCAAUCAUCUCCCACUCCCAAAUCCUCAAAUCAGCGAUGGUGUUAAGUCUCAAUCGGAUCCAAACCAGAGUUCUCUUUCAGCUCUGUUUAGACUUCAUCGACAAGGGUUGACUAUCUGCUCCAGUUUGCUAUCUAAUGCUCUGAGUUUAUGUGGGUCUGAUAGAGAUGUGAGAAUAGGAAUUCAAAUCCAUGGUUUGGCUGUGAAUUAUGGGUUCUUUUACAACGUUUACGUUGGCAGUUCUUUGGUCUCAUUUUACAGCAAAUGUGGAGAACUCAGCAGUGCGAGUAAAGUGUUUGAAGAAAUGCCGGAGAGAAAUGUGAUCACUUGGACUGCAAUUAUCAGUGCCUUUGCACAAGAUGGUCAGCUUGACACCUGUUUCCAGCUUUACCGUAGAAUGAGGAAUUCGACCUUAGUACCAAAUGCAUUCACCUUCUCGAGCUUUCUCAGCGCGUGCACGGAUAGUGGGUACCUCGGGCAAGGACGGACUGUUCAUGGUCAUACCGCAACCAAGGCUGUGGAGCUUUUUGAACAGAUGAAGAGGAAGGGAAUGAAGCCUGAUGCCAUUACCUUCCUUGGCCUUAUGACUUCUAGUCGCCAUGCGGGUUUUGUCGAUACAGGCCAAUGUUACUUCCAGGCAAUGGUCAAGUAUGGUGUGGAACCGGAUCUAGAUCACUAUGCAUGCAUUGUAGACCUCCUUGGUCGAGCAGGUAGGCUAGAAGAAGCCAGGGAUUUCAUCAGAAGAAUGCCCAUCAGUCCUAAUGCCGUCAUAUGGGGUUCAUUGCUUUCGUCGUGUAGGCUUCAUGGGAAUGUUUGGGUCGGCAUUGAAGCUGCUGAGAAUAGGCUUGAAUUGGAACCGUCUUGUGCCGCUACUCACGUGCAACUAGCCAACUUGUAUGCCAAUGUUGGUUACUGGGAUCAGGCGGCAAGGGUGCGCAAGUUGAUGAAAGAUAAUGGCCUGAAAACAGAUCCUGGGUGCAGUUGGAUUGAGAUCAAGAAUGAGAUUUUCCAGUUUCGGGUAGAAGACAGAACCAGUCCCAGUUUUGCAGAGAUUAUGACGAUGCUAGAUUGCGUAGUAGACCACAUAAGAGGCCUGGAUCAUUCGCUUGACAUAUAUCAAGCGACCGAUUAUCAUCCAUAG